UGAGCUUUACAGAAGCAUCUCUGGAUUUAUGAAUGAGGACACAAUAUCCCACAGAAGUGAAGUGAACUUUCCCAGUUUCUUUGAUUGUGCAUUGUAUUGUAUUGACAGUUUCACCCAAGACAUGGAUCUGUGUAUUGGCCAUCAAAAGGGAAAGUUGUACGGUUUGGAGAGGAUUUGUAAACUUGCUUGCUUUCUCUUAUAUUUUUAAUUGGAAAUUUUAAGUCAACACCUGAUGGUUUUAGUCUUGCAUUUGCAGCAGUGAAGUAUUCAGGGCUCUUUUCCUGGUGGUGUUUUUGGAGUCUAGUGUUAGGUAGAUAUUUCCCCAGUGUUUUCUGCUGUUCCAUUUCAUCUUGAUUCAAGCUCCCCUGGGGUCUAGCCUCAUCCCUCCUGGUGUUCUCUUGAUAUUCAGGGCACUUCCAGGACUGAAACCUGAGCUAGCUUGUUUCUUUCUAUCAGUGUGUUGGAGUCAGUGGGGGUCAGAGCCUGAAACCCUUGGCAGACUACAACCACCAUUGCUCUCACCAUUAAAUCUUGUACCCGUCACCACCCACCUGCUGACUCAGCGAUACCACUUCCAGUCCAUUUUCUCUUCUCCUCCUCCUUUAAGCUCUUGUGAUGCUAAAACAAAGAUGAAUGAAUCUGGAUUUGUUCUAAAGGCUCUUAAGGAGUGAAGAGCAGAAGAAAGUGGUAUUCAUACAGAAUUGGCUCACAGCAUUUUUUUUAAAAUUAGCUAGACCAUUUAAAGUAGAAUUUGAUUUGAUUCUCAUUUGCUGGUUUCUUAAAUGUGAAAAUUUGGUGCUUUUCAGAUGACACGUGACUUCCUCCACAAUGGGAGCGGUUUAGGCCGUUUUGUCAUGUUGUCCAUGGAAAUGUGACUCAUUUCCUCCCACCACAGAGUGUAACUGUAACCUCAAAUCUUUAGUCACCACCUCUUUUGUUAUUUAUAAAGCCAGACUCUAAUCAUUGCUGUGACAGUGGCAAAUAUACAGCUGUUGAACUGCAGUCACUCCAAGUUGACAUGUUGUCACCUGAACCUUGUAGCUGUCUGUAUUAUCCUAAUUGCUGUUAUAUUGUACUGCAUACUGUAAGUGUGACUUGUAGUGAUGGUAGUGUAUUUAUUGUUUGUUAUUUUUGUGGCUUUUACAUUUUUGUUAUCCCCAAAGACAAACUGUGUGUGUGUGUGUGUGUGUGAGAGAACGUGCUGAAAACAUGAGUUUAGUGGUUGUUGUGAAUGCACUUCCUGAUACUUUGCCUUCUGGAAAUCUGUUCAUUUUUAUUCAAGAUGUGGUCAGACCAUAUUAUCAGUUACUUCAGGACUUUAUUCAUGUCAAAUGAUUUAGUGGUAAUAAAAACUGGACCAUGCAGACAUCCAGUUACUACACGUUUGUCUCCCACUUUUUUAACUGCGGGACUCCAUUUCUACCAAUUACUCUAGCCCACUCAUGCCUUUCUUUAAUAUUGCUCAGUAGCUCUUGUCUCUUACACUCUUUUCAUGUUCACUCGUUUGGAAACAGCUUUAAAAUACAGUUUGUUUGCUUUGACCAUGUCAAUACAGCAUUUAUGCGUUGUAGUUUUUUGGGGGGGAUGCACCAACUUCUUAAACAGGCAUUGGUUCUUCAGCCUCAGUCCCUUCAGUUUUGAUUAUAUCUGUGAUAUUCCUUCCUUUACAGUUAGAAUAAGAAUAAGAACUGACUUCAUAUUUUAUGGUUAAUAAGUGACUGUGUGAGCUUUUUUGAGGCUUCCUUGGAAAACUACAGUGUUGUAAUGGAUUCUGCUUUUGCAGGAUUCUGCAUUAAACCUAUUUUGUCUCAGCUAGACUGGUAUUUUGAAUAAGGUAGAAGGUAAAUUGUGUGCACUUACAUUAAUAAUUAAUAGUUAAUGAUGCCAGGCAGAGAGGACAGAGAGCACUGAUUGUAGUGUAAAAUAGCUUUAACAGUAAAUGCCAUUUAAAUCUUUAACCCUGAUUCCCAUUCAGUAACAGCUAUGUCCCUCACAUUUCUCCCUGAAUAGGUGUUGCCCUCCAUAUACUGUACAUUAAAAUAGAAAACACUGCAUAGAACUUUGUCAACGUUUUUUUGUGUGUAAGUGCCUCCAUGAUGAGUAAUCUGCCUGUCUUGUCAGGCAGCCCCUAAAAAGAGUCAUCUUUACUCAUAUCCUGAGAUGAGGCAUGUUAGGGUGGAGCGAAACGACUGCCACAUAAUUUAGAGAUUGCCUGGGAAACUGUAGCACAUAUCUCAGCUCAUUUAGAUAAGUGAAAGUACUCCAUGUUCCCUAAGGCCUUUACCUUGUGGAGAAGUAGUACACAUAUUAACAUGAGCGUAAAAGAGAGAGAAAUGAAUGGAUUUAUAAAAUCCAGUUAUGGUCCCACAGUUUGUGUGGCCUGUUAGCAGAUUACUGGCUUUUGUUCAGCUGUGUUGGUUUAACAAGUACACUAGUGAAAAAAACCAAAAAAAACCCAAGUACACUAGUGAAAAAAACCAAAAAAAAAACAAGUACACUAGUGAAAAACAGUAAUCAGUUAUCUGAAGCUAAGCUGGAGUGAGUUGGAAGCAUUUGCAAUAAAAGUUCCGUGUCACUUCUGAAGAAAGUCUCUAGCAAGACAUUUGGGUCAAAGUGUAAAAUACACGAGAUGCAAACAUGCUUAAUCUAGUCUCUCAUUUACAACCACAAUGUUUGCCAGCAGACCUAAUUAUAAGGUAGUGCAGUUUGUUUGUGUUAUUUUUUUUUAAAUUACAUAAGUCCCAUGGCAGCCAUAAUUUGAUUUUAAGACUUGUUGACAAAGAUGUGCAGUAAUCUCAGACAGUAUAGUGUGAGCCACUGCAAAGGAACAUGUUGUUAGUAUGUUAUUCAGUGAAAAGUAUUUAAAUCGGGCAUGUCAUGGCAACAUGUAGCAUGACUGCCUUGAAACCCGGCAUCUAUACUAUUAGGGACAGCUGAGCAGGGGUGUCAUUUAGAACCUGAAGUCAGUAUUAACUCACUGCUUUGGCAUGUGUCUGUAUUUAUUUACCAAGCAGCAACCUCUGGGCCUGUAAAAAUGAAGCCAAUGUCCAAGUGCCAAAGGUGCAUUUCCUUAAAUGGCCAAUUGAGGCUGGUUCCAAAGAUGAGCAAUCUGCAGCUGUGCAGUUACCACUCUCAUUUACAUGGUUGCUUUUAAUGCAAGGUGGGUGCUGAGACUGUUUUGGUGCAUGUUGGAGCUUUUUUAAGCUCAUUAUUUUACAUUAUCUGACACUAGACCGACAAACACUGCAAGAAGUCUUUUCAUAGCUUAUUUAUUUAUAGGGGAUGAAUUUCAGCAAUGAUGAGAGGGAUUGUGUUUGUGUAAUACACCCUUAGCUAUGGAUGCCUUGAGCUGGUCAAACUGGUGAUAACUUAGCACUGCCAUUAGCACUUAGCACUCCUCUCAUAAUUUAGCUGUUAAAAAACAAAACAAAACAAAAAGUAGCAAUAGUAAUUAUGGCUGAAAUCUUUAAAACAGUAGUUCAGGUAAGUUCACAGAGGAUCUUUCCUAUGUGCUAUAAUAGCAUAUAUCUGCAAUAAGCUAAUAUCAGAAAAUGCUGUUAUAGGUUGAUUCAAUUGCAAGUUGUUCGCAAAUUAGAGUGCCAGAUUUAGCUAAAGUAUAGAUCAGCCUAUAUGUAAUGGACAGUCAGUACACCUCUUGCUUUAGUGAUCCAUUUAUAUAAUCUUAUGAAGCUUGUGGACAGGGAAUCUAUCACAGUUAAAUGUAGAUAACAUUCAGCUUGAAGAAAUGAGAGAUGAUUAUCAACUGACAGACUAAAAUAUAAAUUCAUUACAGUUCAUUCAAAUUGGGCAUUUUCCAAAGUUCAAAGUUUCCUUCAUUCCACAGACCGUGUUAUAUAAAGAAUUAAAGAGCUUUAUCCUCCAAAAAGAAGAAAAACAGCUCAGCAGGAACAAUGGCUAAUGUGUGUUUGCAGGAUUAGCCACUAAGCAGCCUAUUGGGUAGUAAAGGUAGAAGGGGGUGUAGUAAUCAGAUUAAUGACUUCAUGGUUUAAUCAAGUUCUGUGCUAGUUCCUUCUCAUUAUGCUUCUUAUUCUUGGUGCAUUCUCGGAGUUUUCACUGGCCCCUGUGAAAUGAAAAUGUUUGCGUAUUAGGUAUUAUCAGGAGUCUUUGCACCACUGUAUUCUGGAUCUUCAAACUAUCAGCACUCAAUUAUUAUUCCAGGACAGGUUUUUCUUUUCUCUUUUAUCCCAGUGAGACGGAUUAAUUUGCGACUUAUUUUCCUAUCCUGUUGCUUCAUGAAAACAGUGACCAUGUUGCGGAGAAGAAGUGAGUUUUUUGUUUUUCUGGACAGUGCUCUUUCUGUGAUUACACAAAAAGAGGAACAGAAAGAAGAGCCACCGCUGAGCCCUAGUGACGAGUAUCUACAGGUGCUACUGCAGAUGAAAACGACCAGUGCUGAUCAGUUUGACAACUUGGAAAAGCAUACACAGUGGGGGAUCGAGUUUGUGGAAAAGUACACCAAAUUUGUCAAGGAGAGAUCAGAAAUUGAAACCAACUAUGCAAAACAGAUUAGGAAUCUAUCAAAGAAAUAUCAGCCCAAGAAGAACUCCAAAGAAGAAGAAGAGAGCAAGUACACCUUCUGUCGAGCCUUCCUAACAACACUGAAUGAGUUAAAUGAUUACGCAGGUCAACACGAAGUUAUUUCUGAGAACCUGACAUCUCUUAUCAUCACCGAACUUGCGCGCUACCUACAAGAACUCAAGACUGAGAGAAAAUCGCACUUCCAUGAUGGGCGUAAGGCACAGCAGCACAUUGAAAGCUCGUGGAAACAGCUGGAAGCGAGUAAAAAACGGUUUGAGAGGGAGUGUAAAGAGGCAGAAAGAGCACAGCAGUACUUUGAGAAGAUGGAUGCUGACAUUAACGUGACUAAGGCUGACGUGGAAAAGCGAAGUUUCCAUAAGGCACGACAGCAAGCUCAGAUGAGGCACCAGAUGGCUAGUGACAGUAAGAGCGAAUACGCCGCCUACCUGGAGAAGUUCAACAAGGAACAGAAUGAACAUUACUAUACAAUUAUUCCCAACAUAUUCCAGAAACUUCAAGACAUGGAGGAGAAAAGAAUUGAGAGGAUAUCAGUGUGCAUGAAGACAUUUGCAGACGUGGAUCGCCAGGUGCUGCCCAUUGUGGGAAAAUGUUUAGAUGGCAUGACAAAUGCUGCCGAGUCCAUUGAGCCCAAGGCUGACUCUAAGCAGGUGGUGGAGUCCUUCAAGUCCGGUUUCGAGCCCCCAGGAGAUGUAGAGUUUGAGGACUAUGGCCAGGCCAUGAAGAGGACAGUAUCUGAAACCAGCCUGUCCAACACCAAAGAGAGCAAAGAGAAGCCUGGUGUCAAGGCCAAAAGCAAACUGUGGCCUUUCAUUAAGAACAAGAACAAGCUUAUGUCCCUGUUAACGUCCCCCCACCAGCCCCCACCUGCCCCCCCAGCCUCAUCCCCACCCUCACCCUCUGCUGUUCCCAACGACCCCCAGUCUCCCAAGCAGCACAAGGAGCCCCUCUCCCACCGCCUCAACGACUUCAUGGCCUCCAAACCCAAAAUGCACUGCCUCCGGAGCCUGAGGCGAGGGCAACAAUCUCCGCGCUCUCUCAUUUAUCACAAAGAGCUAAUGAAGAGGACUCUGGGCAGACCCACGUAUGCUUUUGAAGCAAGGCAAUAUGUUCUUUCUCUCAAGCUGAUCACACUCAAUUCCCACGUCCGGAAUCUCAUUGAGGGUUCUGUACCGGAGGACUUCAGUCACCUGCCGCCAGAGCAGAGGAGGAAGAAGCUGCAGGGCAAGAUCGAUGAGCUGAGUAAAGACAUACAAAAAGAAAUGGACCAGAGAGAUGCUUUGACUAAGAUGAAAGACGUGUAUAUAAAGAACCCUCAGAUGGGAGACCCGGCCAGUGUGGACCCCCGGCUAACAGAAAUAGGUCAAAACAUUGAGAAGCUCCAGUCUGAAGUACAGAAAUUUGAGGGCUGGUUAGCAGAGGUGGAGGAGAGGAUGCCGUCUAAGAGUGAUUCACACCGGAAAAGCGGACUCUAUGAGACCCAGAAUAGCACAACAGUGAGCAACAACUGUGCACAGGACAGAGAGAGGCCCCUGAGCAGCCCGGAUGGCAGCUACACAGAGGAGCAGAAUUCAGAGGUUCAGGUCAAAGCCCAACCCAUCCCCACCCCAACCACCACGACGGAGUUCGAUGACGAGUUUGAUGAUGAGGAGGUCCUGCCUACCAUCGGCACCUGCAAAGCCUUGUAUCCCUUCGAAGGUCACAAUGAGGGCACCAUCUCCGUGGCUGAGGGUGAGCUGUUGUACGUCAUAGAAGAAGACAAAGGAGAUGGCUGGACACGCGUGCGGAGGAACGAGGAUGAGGAAGGAUACGUGCCCACAUCCUACGUUGAAGUGUUUUUGGAAACGAAUGCCAAAGAUUCCUAAAAGUGUGAGGCUGGCUGAGGAAUGGCAGGGCAAGCAGCCUCGGAGAAACCACCACGUUCCUCACAUGCUCACAGAGUCAGAGAGAAAGAUGACCUGAGUCUAAAAGAAAGAGAGACGGCCGAUUAGAACGCAUCUGAAUUUUCCAAACAAACAAACAAAAAGAAAAAGUUUAGACAGAACGCAUCGAAAAUUUAGUGCUCAUAACUUCUCCAUUUUUAACCCCCAUUCAGCAGUCACAGCCGCAGUACACAAACGGCUUUAUGUUGUUUGCAGCAACGCUUUGCUUUUUAAUGAAACUAACUGCUCGCACCAUGUGCGGUCAUGACUGAGGCUGCUGGCUUCCCUGGCUCUGCCACUUCUCUUUUUUCCUUCCCUUUGCCCUGUGACACACAAACACACACACAUACAUGAAGGAGGGUGUGGUCAGAGACAGGACAGAGACAGGACAGAGACCGACAGGAGCGGACGGACAGAAGAAGCAGGUGGAUGAAACGCUCGCUCGCUCACUGACUCGAGACAGAAUCAUCCCAGCUUCAUCUGACGCCACAAGAUGCUCAUACUCACGCCUUCCACUUGAAUCAGCUCUGUAUUUGCAGGUUUCACUUAACUGGAAUCAGAAGAACUGAAGGUGCUAAUCAUCUGUCUUUGUCUCCUGUGCUUCUCAUGUACGUUCGUUUGAUCUCAGUGGUCGUUGGUCUUUUGUGUCACAGUUUCCACUUUCCUCCUCACCAAGAUCACUUCCACAUAUCCAGGACCAGCUGAAGGGGCAGAACUCUAGAUGAUGGUGUCAUCCACCAUCCAUACCAUCCAGCCAUUUCUUGUUCUGUCACUGGUGCCUGUUCCUCUCUCUGGCCACACCUCACCCCCUUCCUCACCUCCACAGCCCUUCCCCCCUCCCUCAGGCUAUGGCGGCUCAGGCUAGCUCCCUUGGCUGCUUUAAGCCUUUUUUUGUUUUUUCUUUUCUUUUGCAACAGCUCGGGGGGCGGGGGUCCCUCAGCAUUGUGGUGUGCUGCAUGCUUGCCCUGUCUUCCUCCUCGCCCCUGUGCUGGCGGGUUGGAGGAGGCGGUGGGGGUGUUAAGCCUGCUUACGCCCCUUCCCUCCAGCCUUUAAGUUCAGUUAACCCUCAUUGCCUAGUCAUACUGUUUGAAUUAACCUGAAUGCUAUUGUUUGGGUUUGGUGCCUGUGGGUCUUUUUUUUUCUUCUUUUUUUUUUAAAUUACGUACAUGUUUUUUCAGUCAUCUGUUCAGAAAGCAUGUUUCCCUGUUUUUAACAGAAAGUAAGUGAUCUCAAAUUUGUGUAGUUUAAUCACAAAAAAGGACGAUAGGAACCCAAAGUGUCAUUAUGUUUUUUCUUUUUUUCUUUUUUCCUGAAUGAUCUCAUGCAUAGAUAGGUCAAGGUUAUUUUGUUUUUUUUGUAAGUACAGUACGUAUGAGAAGUGUUAGUUUGCUAUGUUUUGAUCAGAGUGUCUAAUGCAAGUUGUUAGUUUAAAGUUAAUCACCUUGUGGAAGUGGCUCCACUUGGUCCAAGCAGCACCCAAAAAUGAAACCUAUGAAGAUAUGAGUUACACCCGAUGUUUGUAACAAGCUCCACCUACUGUCUACUGUAUAUGAAAAUAUACUGUGAUCGUUUUCCUGUGAGUUUUUGACUGAAAUGUGACAACACGCCGAUCAUCACCCGUUUUGGGCCUUAACAGGUUUCACUGAGAGGAGGAACGAUGCUGACGUUCGCUGUGGUAUGGUGAGGAGACGAAGAUGUGAUUAUCUCGAGGGGGCAAAUUUCUAAUCAUGAAACUGUCAGGGUAGAGAAAUGAUGUCCACUGAUUCCCCCUGCUCAAUGGCACAUAAUGCACGUGAUUUUUAACAUUUUUGUUUCAUAUAUGACGAGUGAAGAUUCUCUUUUUCUUCCUUUUUUUUCCUCUCUUCUUUUUUUAAAGCUGGAAUGAUAUGUUGUUGCUUAUUGUACCUGAAUGGGACUAAAAUCCCUUAACUGCAAACGUGAGUAACCGUUACAUUGUUUUUAUGUUUUGGAUGAAGCCAUCGUAUAUUUGUCUAAUGCAGAAUUUUAUGAACACUCCCCGUGUGGAGGAAUGAUGGACGUACUGAUCAUUUGGACUGCCGAUGUAAGGAAUGAUCAAAUCCCUGCUGAAUCAAAUACCACGUUUGCUUUUGCCCCUCUCAUCGCUUCACACAUCACGGUGAUCAAACAAUGUCUGGCAAAUGAUACGAUUAAAUCCGAUGAGGCAGCAGUAGCUUUAGGGCAGGCUUUGCUCUGACACGAGACCACCACAAACCUUUUCUGUCGAUGCCCCAGAAUAACUCGCGUGUACAGUGGAAAUGGCGUGAUGGAAUUAGAGAAAAUAUAUAUGAGUAUAUAAAUAAAGUUUAAAAGGAAAACAUCUAUUUUAACUAUGGAGAGUCUUACCAUUACUUUAUCUGCUUUGCAAAGUAAGACUUCUUUUCCUUUGUAAGGUCUACCAGAUGGUGUGUUUUUGCACUUUUUCGUUUGUGUUCCAUUCGGUAGGCCAUGCUUGUGUUUUGGAGCACUGAAUACUUUGUAUUGUGUUUACUGUGCCAAUUAAAUAUGCCUGGAGAGUAAACGGUG